GCUUGUUGCAAUCCUGAACAAAAGACGCAGGCAAGAGCUUGGCGGACACUACAGAGCUAUGAAAGGGUUUGGGCAAAGAUAUACUGGAUUAAUAUAAGAUUAACAAUGUUAAGAUUCCUCCAAAGAAGAAAUCAGAGUUCAGCAUUUCAAAGCUUUGGAAAUUCUAAAGGAUUGGUUGCUAGCACUCAGUGGGACUUCAUGGAGAAGCUGGAGAAAGCUCACCCAAAAAGGCAAGUAAUCGCUUUUAUUUUUAUGAUGGUUUUGGUUCAGGUUUGCAGUGAGCCAACAAUUCGAUACUCUAUCUUAGAGGAAACAGAAAGUGGCUCCUUUGUAGCCCACCUGGCCAAGGAUCUGGGUCUGGGAGCUGGGGAGCUGGCUGCCAGGUCUGCACGGGUGGUGUCUGAUGAUUACAAGCAGAGAUUGCUGCUGGAUCCUGAGACUGGAGAUUUGCUUCUGAGGGAGAAAGUAGACCGGGAGGAGGUGUGUAGCACUGUGGAUCCCUGUGUGCUGCAUUUCCAGGUGACUCUUGAAAAGCCAGUGCAAUAUUUUCAAGGAGAAUUAUUGAUCCAGGACAUAAAUGAUCAUGCUCCAGAAUUUCCAGAAGGGGAGAUGCUAUUGAAUAUACCAGAAAACAGCCAGCCGGGCACUCUGUUACCACUGAAUUUAGCCCAGGAUUUGGAUGUGGGCAGCAAUGGGCUUCAACAAUACACAGUCAGCCCCAACUCUUAUUUUCAUGUCCUCACUCGAAAUAAUAGUGAGGGCAAGAAAUACCCAGAGUUGGUGCAGGACAGAGCCCUGGACAGAGAGGAGCAGGCAGAGCUGAGCUUAACCCUCACAGCUCUGGAUGGAGGGUCUCCACCGAGGUCAGGAACAGCCCAGGUUCGAAUCCUGAUGAUAGACAUCAAUGACAAUGCUCCUGAAUUUGUGAACAGCCCCUAUGAGGUGCAGGUCCUAGAGAGCAGUCCCCCAGACUCCCCAGUCCUGACUGUCUUAGCACGGGAUGCAGAUGCUGGCAACUUUGGGAGAGUUUCCUAUGGCUUCUUCCAAGCAUCAGAUGAAAUCCAGAGAACUUUCUCAAUAAACAAAGUCACAGGAGAAAUACGACUGAAAAAGGCAUUGGAUUUUGAAAAAAAUAAAUUUUACCAUGUAAAAAUUGAGGCCAUGGAUGGGGGAGGACUUUCUGGGAAAGGCUUGAUAAUGGUAGAGGUGGUGGAUGUGAACGACAAUGCCCCAGAGCUGACCAUAUCUUCACUGACCAGCUCUGUCCCAGAAAAUGCUCCUGAGACGAUCAUAAGCAUCUUCAGAGUUGGAGACAGGGAUUCCGGAGAGAAUGGAAAGGUGGUUUGUUCUAUUCCAGAGAAUCUGCCAUUCAUUCUAAAAUCCACUUUCAAGAAUUUCUACACUCUGGUGACAGAGAGCCCUCUGGACAGAGAGAGCAGAGCUGAGUACAACAUCACCAUCAUGGUCUCCGACCUGGGCACACCCAGGCUCACAACAUGGCACACCAUAACGGUGCAGGUGUCCGACAUCAACGACAAUGCCCCCGCCUUCACCCGAACCUCCUAUACCAUGUUUGUCAGCGAGAACAACAGCCCUGCCCUGCACAUAGGCACCAUCAGUGCCACAGACUCAGACUCAGGCUCCAAUGCCCACAUCACCUACUCGCUGCUGCCGCCCCAUGAUCCGGAGCUGCCACUCUCCUCGUUAAUCUCCAUUAACGCAGACAACGGGCAGCUAUUUGCACUCAGGGCGCUGGACUACGAGGCGCUGCAGGCCUUCGAGUUCCACGUGAGUGCGACAGACCGAGGCUCACCCUCGCUCAGCAGCCAGGCUCUGGUGCGUGUGGUGGUGCUGGAUGACAAUGACAAUGCGCCCUUCGUGCUCUACCCACUGCAGAACGCCUCUGCACCCUGCACAGAGCUGCUGCCCAGGGCAGCAGAGCCUGGAUACCUGGUCACCAAGGUGGUUGCAGUGGACCGCGACUCUGGUCAGAAUGCCUGGCUGUCAUUUCAGCUGCUCAAAGCCACGGAGCCCGGGUUGUUCAGCGUGUGGGCGCACAAUGGCGAGGUCCGCACCACCAGGCUGCUGAGUGAGCGAGAUGCACCCAAGCACAGGCUGCUGAUGCUGGUCAAGGAUAAUGGCGAUCCUCCGCGGUCUGCCAGUGUCACUCUUCAUGUGCUGUUGGUAGAUGGCUUUUCCCAGCCAUACCUCUCUCUGCCUGAGGUGGCGCCUGACCCCACACAGGAAGUUGAAGAUAUGCUCACUGUGUACCUGGUCAUUGCCUUGGCAUCUGUAUCUUCUCUCUUCCUCUUGUCUGUGGUGCUUUUCGUGGGGGUAAAGCUGUGCAGGAGGGCCAGGGAACCCUCUCUGGGUGGCUGCUCUGUGCCUGAGGAACUCUUUCCUGGCCACCUGGUGGAUGUCAGUGGCACAGGGACCUUGUCCCACAACUACCAAUAUGAGGUGUGUCUGACCGGGGACUCUGGGACUGGUGAGUUCAAAUUCCUCAAACCCAUGAUCCCCAACCUGUUGGUUCAGGACGCUGGGAGAGAACUUAAUGAAAAUCUUCGCUGCAGGGAUAGCUUUGUAUUCAGUUAAGUCAGAGGUUCUCAACCUGAGGUUUACAACCUCUUGGGGGGUCGAAGGACUCUCUCGCCACGGUCACCUAAGACCCUCAGGAAACUCAGAUUCUUAUGACACACACAAAACAGUAGCAAAUUUACACUUACGAAGUAGCAGCGAAAGUAAUUUCAUGGUUGGGAGUUACCACAACACUAUGAGCUGUCUUAAAGCAUUCCAGCAUUAGGGAGGUCGAGAACCAGUGAGCUAAGCGAUGUGAUUUCCUAAGUGUUGUACAAUUCUUUUCUUUUAAGAAAUGAUCUUGUUUCUAUGAAGUUCUCCACUAGUCUAUUCUACUUAUUAAUAGUGCUCACAGUUUCUUUUUUAUUGGUAUGAGAGUUCUAGCCUUUAGUUGUACUAAGCAUAGUUCAUAUUUUCCCCCACAUAUGAAUAAUUUUGGUGAUUAGUACCCUGAUAAGCAUAAAUAAACUGUCUUUAAAUGAAAUUCUUAGUGAUCUUAUAAGACAUUUCACUCAUCUCAAAAAAUCCUUGUGCUUUUGUUUGUAUUUGUAACACCUGCCAUUUCCACACAGUUGCCUCUUUUUAAAGGUAGAGUGUUUAAAAUUAUUUAUGUUGCCUGAAUCUUUCUGCAUGAACAGAAAGCAUCACUAUGUCGUGUUCACUACCAGUUUAAGCGCCCUGGUUGUCCAAGUCAUAAACUUUACGGUGUACAUGAAUGCACACAAAGGUUGUGGCCUUUUUGUUUUUGAGCAUCAUGCAUGGUAGUGGUUCUAUUGACUGGUUGAGCAUGUUCUGGAUGUACUACGGUUAGUUUUGGAUUUCUAUUUGACAAAAAUUAAAGAGAAUAUGUGUAGUUUGUCAUCCUGUAUAUUUAAUAAAGCUCUUAAAUCA